AUGUCUGGUUUACAAUUAUCCAAAGGCGCGUUAAAACAAGCAUUUUCAAAAAAUGGUCAUGAUAGUGUUAAGAUUCCAAUGAUUCUCCAAAUCACGAACAUUAAAGCUGUUGAUUUGCCAAAUGACGUGAAAAAGUUCAGAAUUUUGCUCAACGAUGGCGAAUACUCAACCCAUGGGUUGAUAGAUGAAUCUUGCAAUGAGUAUAUCAAAAACAAUAACUGUCAAAGAUACGCAAUUGUUCAAGUCAACGCCUUUUCUAUUUUUGCCACACAGAAACACUUUUUUGUAAUUAAGAACUUUGAAGUUUUAUCCCCCACCAGUGAAAAGUCUCAUAAUAAUUUUAUACCAGUUGAUACUUAUUUCAAUGAACAUCCAGAAGAAGCUCAUUUAACUUUGACAAAGAAACCCGACAGUCUCGAGAGAGAAUCUCCAGCACCAGGUGUUACCCCACCUCUUGCUCAAUCAACAAACAGUUUCAAGUCAGACGUCGGUAGCGGGGUUCCAGCUCAGUCAAAACCCCCCGGCCCUCAUCGGAAAGUAUCUCCAAUUGAAACAAUUUCUCCAUAUCAAAACAACUGGACAAUCAAAGCCAGAGUUUCCUACAAGGGAGAUCUCAGAACUUGGUCCAAUAGCAAAGGAGAAGGCAAAGUAUUUGGGUUUAAUUUAUUGGACGAAUCCGACGAAAUAAAAGCUUCUGCAUUCAAUGAAACUGCGGAAAAGGCACAUAAAUUAUUAGAAGAAGGUAAGGUUUAUUACAUUUCCAAAGCCAGAGUUGCUGCUGCAAGAAAGAAGUUCAACACAUUGUCACAUCCUUAUGAACUCACAUUUGACAAGGACACUGAAAUAACCGAAUGUUUUGAUGAGUCUGAUGUACCAAAAUUGAAUUUCAAUUUUGUCAAAUUGGAUCAAAUACAGAAUUUAGAAGCAAAUUCCAUUAUCGAUGUUCUUGGUGCUUUGAAGACGGUUUACCCUCCAUUCCAAAUCACUGCCAAAUCCACUGGUAGAGUUUUUGACAGAAGAAAUAUACUUGUUGUAGAUGAAACUGGGUUCGGCGUGGAGCUUGGUUUAUGGAAUAACACUGCAACUGAUUUUGAUGUUGAAGAAGGUACUGUUGUCGCUGUCAAAGGUUGCAAAGUGUCUGAUUUUGGUGGAAGAACAUUGAGUUUGACUCAAGCUGGUUCCAUCAUCCCAAAUCCUGGUACACCUGAAAGUUUUAAAUUGAAGGGUUGGUAUGAUAACAUUGGUAUUCACGAACUGUUCAAGAGUUUGAAAAUUGAUACUGGUGGUAGUGGAGCUGACAAAAUCGCACAAAGAAUUUCCAUUAACCGAGCUUUAGAAGAGCACUCCGGCUCAACAGACAAGCCUGACUACUUUUCCAUAAAGGCAAGUGUGACCUUCUGUAAACCAGAAAACUUUGCUUAUCCCGCUUGUCCAAAUUUAGUCAAUAGUGCUGAUGCUACCAGACCCGCACAAACAUGUAAUAAGAAAUUGGUUCAACAGGAUCAUGAUGGUACUUGGAGAUGCGAGAAAUGUGCAAUGACAUAUGAAGAGCCAACUUGGCGUUAUGUUUUGAGUUGUUCUGUCACUGAUAGCACGGGCCAUAUGUGGUUAACAUUGUUUGAUGACCAAGCCAAAAAGUUGCUUGGUAUCGACGCAACAGAAUUAAUCAAGAAAAAAGAAGAAAACCCGGAACAGGUAAACCAGAUUAUGAACAACACAUUAUUCAAAGAGUUUAGUUUAAGAGUCAAGGCUAGACAAGAGACAUAUAAUGAUGAAUUGAAAACAAGAUACCAGGCUGCGGGAAUAAAUGAACUUGAUUACGCAAGUGAGUCCCAAUUUUUGAUUAAAGAAUUGGAUCAACUAUUGGUUUAA